AAGAUUCAGAAAGCAACCCCAACUCAAGUUUCGAAAGCAAGAAACUCCGUUUCCAGCAAUGGCGCGCCCUUGAGCACCCUCCCUCCUUCCCUCCCCCACUCCCCAUCUUGCACUCCGCUCUUCCACUGCUCCAUCGCAAAUGCCUCCACGCCGCCUCCCCGGCUCCACCGGCGCCUCCCCCGCCCACGUCCGCGUCCUCUCCGCGCGCUUCUCCUCGACGCCCCCUUCCCGCGCCCCCCACCCGCUCGACGUAAUGCCGCGGCGCGGCGCAGACCGCCUCGCGGACCUCCCCGCCGUUCUCGCGGGUUUCGUCCGCGCGCGCGCCGCGGGGGUCUCCGCCCCAUGCCGGUUCUCCUACGGGAACGCGCUCGCCGCCUGCGCCGCCGCCGCCGCCGCCGGGACGCACGCCGCGGUCCUCGCCUUCGCUGAGCAGCUCUACUGCGCCGCCUGGAAGGAUGGGCUCUCGGGCGACGCGUACGUCUGCAGCGCCGUUGUCGACCUGUUCGCCAAGGGCGGCCGCCUGGGCGACGCGCUGAGGGCGUUCGAGGACGGGGAUCGGACGAGCGCGGUCUGCUGGAACGCGGCUAUCUCCGGCGCGGUGCGGAACUGCGAGCAUACGCUCGCCGUCGAGAUGUUCGGCGACAUGGUGAGGGGACCCUGCCGGCCCAACUUGUUCACGUACUCCGGGGCUCUCAGCGCGUGUGCGGCGGGCGUGGAGUUGCGGGUUGGGACGGCGGUGCACGGGAUGGUGCUCCGGCGUGAUCCCGAGUAUGAUGUCUUCGUUGGGACAUCCAUCGUUAACAUGUACACGAAAUGCGGUGAUAUGGGCGCCGCCAUUAGGGAGUUCUGGAAGAUGCCUGUGCGGAACGUGGUGUCUUGGACCACCGUGAUCGCCGGUUUUGUGCAGGAGGAGGAACCAGCAAGUGCGUUGCUGCUGCUCAGGGAAAUGGUGCGGAGCGGCGUGGCAAUUAACAAAUACACAGCUACGAGCAUAUUGCUCGCCUGCUCUCAGAUGUCUAUGGUACGAGAGGCUAGCCAGGUGCAUGGCAUGAUUGUGAAGACAGAGCUGUACUUGGAUCACGUUGUCAAGGAGGCUUUGAUUUGCACGUAUGCAAAUGUUGGGGCUAUUCAAAUAUGCGAGAAGGUGUUCGAAGAAGUUGGAACAGUUAGCAACAGAAGUAUCUGGUCAGCUUUCAUAUCUGGGGUUAUUAGCCAUAGCCUGCAGAGAUCAAUUGAGCUGUUAAAGAGGAUGUUUCAACAGGGCCUAAGACCAAAUGACAAAUGCUAUGCUUCUUUUUUCGGUUCUGUUGAUUCAAUUGAGCUUGGCAGACAGCUGCAUUCAUGCGUCAUAAAAGAUGGGUUUUUUCAGGGUAUUCUUGUGGGAAGUGCACUCUCCACCAUGUACUCUAGAUGUGAUGAUUUGGAAGAUAGCUACAAGGUUUUUCAAGAGAUGCAGGAACAUGAUGAAGUGUCAUGGACAUCAAUGGUUGCUGGUUUUGCAACACAUGGUCAUUCAGUUGAGGCAUUCCAGCUGUUCAGGAAUAUGGUUCUUAAUGGUUUUACCCCUGAUGAUGUGUCCAUAGGUGCCAUUCUUUCAGCUUGUUAUGGACCAGAGUGUUUGCCCAAAGGGAAGGAAGUUCAUGGACAUGUCCUUCGUGUCUAUGGAGAAACCACGUCCAUCAACCAUUGCCUUGUUUCCAUGUAUUCCAAAUGUCGAGAUGUACAAACAGCUCGAAGAAUUUUUGAUGCAGCUCCAUGCAAAGGUCAGGUCAUGUUAUCUUCAAUGAUAUCUGGAUAUAGUACAAAUGGUUUUAGUGAGGAGGCAAUAUCACUAUUUCAGCUUAUGGUGGCAACUGGUUUUCAGAUCGAUAGGUUUGUAUGCUCAUCUAUUCUUAGCCUAUGUGCUGACCUGGCAAGACCAUUAUAUGGUAAGCUAUUGCAUGGGUAUGCAACUAAAAUAGGCAUACUGUCUGACCUAUCUGUAAGCAGUUCACUUGUGAAGCUGUAUUCCAAAAGCGGCAACCUGCAUGAUUCUCGUAAAUUUUUUGAUGAAAUAAGAGUCCCAGAUUUAGUUACCUGGACAGCUAUAAUUGAUGGAUAUGCUCAGCAUGGGAGUGGUCAGGAUGCUUUGGCAAUGUUUGAAUUGAUGAUUAAUUGUGGAGUAAAACCAGACACUGUUGUACUAGUUAGUGUUUUGUCUGCUUGUGGCCGUAAUGGUUUGGUUGAAGAAGGCUUUAAGCAUUUUAAUUUGAUGAGAACUGUGUAUGGGGUUGAGCCUUUGUUGCACCACUACUGUUGUAUGGUUGAUUUACUUGGUCGAUCUGGGAGGCUAGCAGAGGCAAAAAGUUUUAUUGAGAGUAUGCCUUUGAAGCCUGACUUGAUGGUAUGGAGUACACUGCUUGCUGCUUGCAGAGUUCAUGAUGAUGCUAUACUUGGACGUUUUGUUGAAAAUAAGAUCUGUGAAGAAAAUUAUGAUUCAGAGUGUUUUGCAACUCUUUCAAACAUUCGAGCAAAUUCUGGAGACUGGGAGGCAGUAGCGAAAAUCAGAAAAUCAGUCAAGGGUGUAAAGAAAGAACCUGGAUGGAGUAUGGUGUAAGAAUAGAAAUGCUUCAAGAGAUAUAUAUGAAAAGGUGAAUGAAGCACAGAAUGUAGAAACAUGAGCGUUGGUACAAACCGACUAUAGAAAUUAACCAAAACAUACUGCAGAAGAUUGUGUUUCAAAUGGCAAGAUGAGCGGAUUGCUAUGGAUGUCUUUCUCUGAUGGAUGAGCUAAAGAUGGACUGCGGUUGAAGUUUAUGACUUUACAUGAAGAACCAUGAGAACCAUCCUGUGAACUGUUGAGCUUCUGCUGCUGCCGCUUCUGCAAAUACUGUUGGCUGUUGAACCGAUUUGCUGAGCAAGAGGAGCUUUCCAAAGCAAAAUGUGAAGCUUGUAUGGACUGCAAAGCAGCUGUUGUUGCAAUUGAUUGAGAACCCCAGGAGUGAGACAGCACUCUUUGUGCCACAGCACUAGGCUUUUUAAAUAUCCUACAAAUAGCCCAUGCAUCCUGUUUGAUAAAGCAAAGUAUGAGAACAAUAUAAUACAUAUAGGAAACGAGGGUUCAUUGACUGAAGGAAGCCUGUACUCAUGCAUCAUCCAAUCAGUCUUGAUCCCUUUUGCAGCUCUCCCUUUGUAAAAGACAAGAGACUUCUUCAGGCCUAUGCACUUGGUUCCUUCUGAAGAGUAAAUUGGCCUAUCUGUUCCUGUUGCUUUCCAGAAUCCUGCUCCUGUUACUCUAUUUGGUCUGGCACUAUUCCGAUACUUCUGGUCCCUUGGGCAGUAAAAGUACCAUUCUUUCUCCCUGGUGCUUGCAAGCUCUAUGCAAGAGCAAUAUAAUAAAAGAUUGAAGAAACUAGGUAAAUAGAGCGAGGCAUGAAGUAAGAUGUCACAGAAAACCAGGGCAGCUAUAGUAUUCUGAUGGGAAGAUACUAAUCUACUACUUCCUCUGAUCCCAAAUAUGAUACUGACUAGUGAUAUCUAUAAAAAUAUAUUAUUUCAAAUAGGAAUAUUUAUAUAUUAUGAAAGUAUUUUUCAUAAUGAAUCUAGUUACAUCAACCUUAUGUUGUCAAUCUAUAUGAUUUCUCGGCUAUUGGUGGUCAAAGCUAGAAAGGUUUGACUUAGGACAGACCUAAAUAGACUUAUAUUUGGGAUCGGAGGUAGUAGAUCUCCAUUGGUUUUAAGAUGAACAGCUUGGUGCUCUAACAAACAAUUAAAAAACUCAUUGUAACUGCUUCUGCUAUUUUGCCCUCCUAUUUUUUUUGGUUCUUGCCACUGUAUUUGAAUCCUUUUAUGUUCAUGCUCACAAUCUUUGACUUCUCAUCCCUGGUGAUGGUAUAGAAAUUUUCAUUUGAGUAGGAUUUGAACUUAUUGGAACGAACAGACUUUUGGUGUACCCUGUUGUUUGAAAUAUUGCUGUGACUUUGUCCGACUAUGUUUAAGGAAUGAAGUUUUCGCCUCAAGUUGAUGAAACUGAUAUAAUUCAUUCUCAGAUAGUGUUCUUAGUUAAUUUGCGUAUAAGAUUAUUAUGAAAACUGUAUCUUGGUGAUGUAGUUUCUUGAUGUGUGGGCAGUACUUAUAUCCAAAAGCUGUGCAAAACAGUCCAAAUUUAUAUAGCAGAUCAUAAGACUGAAGUGCUUUGGCUUUAGUUUGCACGCAUUCUUUUGUUGAAAUAAGAUGGUGACUGUGGAAUCGUGGUGAGCUCCUAAUUUAUUCCUCAUGUGGAACAUAAUAUAUGCAUGUCAGUAUAUGGAAACACUAUUCUUUAGUUAUGUUGAUGCGGAAAUACAAAUUAAUAUUUGCAGUCAUUUUAUCACUUUGAGAAACAGGUCUCCACAAAAAUGAAGUUCAUAGAACAUUCACUAACAAGCAGAACAAGAAGUGAAGAGAAAAUAGUAACUUACUUGGGAGAUCCCAUGGAUCAUACUUGUAGAUGUCUAGCUGCCUGAUGAGCUCAAUGGAAAGAGGUUUUUGUUGAAUCUUUCUCUUGAGAUAAAAGCCGACGAGUUCUUCAUCUGUAGGAUGAAAUCGGAAACCUGGAAGAAGAACCUCAUCUGACUUGUCCAUAUUACCAGUGUCAUCUAUAACUCAGAAUGGUGAAGCCUGAUCCUGGCUACUACUCAUGUACUACUUAUGUGGAAGUAGUGAAUGGUUUUAGGACUGAAGUUGCUUGAGUAAAGACGAACAUCCAAAGCUGUUUCUCUAAACAAGUAUAUCAGUGAUACUGGAUUACUAUGCACACCCAACUAUCGUAUAUUUAUAAACUUCGCUUGUGCUUGAGCAAAGAUGACACUACUCUAUACUGACAAGUGACAGAGACAGACAGUGCAGGAACUCUAUCAACUCAGACAGUGGACGGCAUGAUGGAGCUCAAGUUUAGAAGUGAGGAAGGAGGGAGAGAAGAAGCAGCUAUUGUAACUCGAGGACACAACGUCAUAAACAUUAAGAAGGGGACAUCAAAAGGAAUCACAGCUGCCUAAACAUGACUAGAUCAGGCCCACAACUUAACUCAAAAGUUGGGGCACUGUCAAAAACCACAUUAAGUUAUAUGAGAACUUCAGCGCCCAAUGGACUCAGGGACAUUACUUGAUUAUCUCACAUUAUUGAUGCUUAGCAGUGCUUUUUGAAACGAAUGGCAGGAGAGAUGGAUUAGCAGUGUAGUUGUCCGUAUUUUAUCAACUGCCAUACUACUCACUACAAACUGUUCUGAUGGUAGCUUCUUACUGUAACCUGUUUUUCGAGUUGUAUUGUAAAUCUGUAAUUCUGUUGUAUCAAAUUUCAUUUCGCCUCUAGUUGGUACGAUAGAAUGAAGCUCAGCUUGUUUGCUCAUAUGUUCUGGUUUAUCUCUAAUUGUAGAACAAUUUAUUGCUCAUUAUUCAAGUUCAUAAGAACACAUUCUUGAAUCUUAAA